CUCCUUCGCCUUGUCCUCCAGCUCCUGCACGUAGUUUUCUCCGAAGUCGAGCUGCCCCAGGUCAUAACACGACUGAAUGUCGGAUGCGGGUUUGUACUUUGAUACGGCAACAAGAGUGGGGGUGCUCGUGGGCUUCGUAACGUCUUGCACCCGUGCGCGGAUCUCAGCCAGCGAUUCCGCGAGCUCGGUUUUUCUUUCGGUCGUCGACAUGAAGCGGAGGGAGAUUGAUUGAACGCGCGAGAAAGAUGCGAAGCACCAAGAAUUUGGAGAAGAAUUGCUCUAUGACGUAGCGAUCAUCGCAUAAGCAAGCUCUACCGCUGUCGCACGUGUAACGUCAAGCAAGGAAGAUGCAUGCCAUGGCCGCUCACAAGACCGGCUGGACCAGGACUUUGGUGGCCUCAUUGACAAUUAGAACUUUGCCGGCAUACAACGUUUUCUAUUUGUGAACCCCAGACCAAUCCAGCAAUGGUCACAC